AUGCUAUCACAUUUUGACAAGCUGCAGACAUCCAUAAAGGCGGUUAAGCUGUACUCUUCACUUUCCGAACAGUCGAGCCGUUUCCUCAACCGUGGCUGGUCAGCUCUGACGGUAGCUCGCAAUCUGUGGGACCUAUGGUCAGACGACGAUUUCACCCCACCUACUGUCCGACGCAGUCUAGAUUUCGUGGAGCCAUUCGACGAGUGGGAAGAGUUCGCAUUAUUUGGCGCUCAUUAUUUCCUGCUCGUUGCAUCAAAUGCGGAGCAAAGGAGGUCGGCUGAGACACAUCUUGGCCAGACAGCCACCUUGAAUGGCUGCAUGACGAAGACCGAUGCGGGGACGAUGGCUCUACACUCAUGGAAGCAAUCAAGCAAUGCUACAGCGACGCCACGACGUUUCAAUGCCGCGUUAGCGUUGGGUAAAGAUACCGUCGUUACACAUGGGGGGCAAGGAACACGAGCCCGCCUUUCCGACGCUGAUUUCCUACAGCGGGAGGAUUCUAACGUCGAGGCUUUUGAGUCGCCACCGGCUACUGCACGCAUGUGCCAUACCAUCACAUCCAUGUGCGAUACGGAGGCACUGCUGGUUGGUGGUCGUGGGUCGCCAGCACAGGCUCUUGCCGAUUGUUGGCACUUUCACAGUGGGACUUGGACCAAAGUGGACGAUCUCGAGAUGGCUCGUUACAGGCAUAGUGCUGUCUCAGUUGUUCUCGGUGCACAAUCACAGAGUUCUGCUGUUCUUGUCUUUGGCGGCAGAUCGAGUGAUGGCACAGCACUCGAUGACUGCAUUUUGUGGACGGCUACAGAUGGCUGGCACAGCAUACCCGUUGACGGUCCGCGACCGACUGCAAGAUUCAGUGCCGCAAUGUCUGCGAUGAAUUCGGUGUUGCCGGGUCAUGGAAGUUGGGGGCUGCUGACCGGUGGCAUAGGCGCAGACGGCACAGUUCUGAAUGACUUAUGGGAGUGGACCAUUGAUGCCACACCAACACCACGACUAAAAUUUGAAAACCGCACCAAUCAUAUUCUCCGCGAUGCCUCCACCUCUGCAUACGCGCGCGUAGGUGCCAGUCUGGUGCCUUGGGAUGACUCGCUUCUAAUGAUUGGAGGGCUUCCCGCAAACGGCACCCAUAGUCUGGCUGAGGAUUUUCUCUUACUGAAACCUGAAAAUAAGGGGAUCACAAUGGAAAACGCUGUCAUGCAGUUGCCAUCAACCUGGCCUUUGCUGGUUGGCAUGGGUGCGGUCGCCGUCUCGCGAAAUGAGGUUGUCGUUACAGGUGGAGGUGCAGUCUGCUUCUCCAUGGGGAGCUUUUGGAACGAGAAUCCUUUGACAAUUACCGGUACCAGCCUUGUGCAAGGGGUGAGGGCAUGGUGUUGUCUGCCGCCUCCUUUCAGCGGCGUAGCACAAGCGAAGAAAAGUGAAACAGCUCCUGAAAAAGGCCAUGGCAAACCGAAGAACCGCAUGAUGAAAGUCAGGACUACAGAGAUUCCCCGAACUGAAGUGAAGUCUGGUGCGGACUUUGAGCGCCUCGUCGCUUCCUCGAAGCCAGCCAUAAUCGAAGGCCUCGAUAUAGGUCCGUGCAUUGACCUUUGGACGUUGGACUACCUGAGAGAGAAGAUGGGUCCAGAUCGGGAACUUGUCAUACAUGACUGCUCAUCAGAACGAAUGACUUUCAAAGACAAAAACUUUCAAUACGUGAAGAAGACCGUCGCAGAUUUCUUAGAUGGCAUUGCGCAAGGCUCACAGUCUUACCUGCGCGCUGUGUCCUCAAGCCAGCCAAACAAGCUUCCUACCAAGCUGGAAGACGACUUCCCGACGAUCUCAGCCGACUUUCGGCUACCUGAUGUGUUUGACAUGGUCAAAGCCAGUUACCACAGCUCGCCCCUUCGCAUAUCUGGUCCUGUAUCUCUCUGGCUUCACUAUGAUGUCCUAUCAAACGUAUUGUGCCAGGUUCGCGGCUCCAAAACAUUACAGCUAUACCCACCAUCAGACGCAAAGUACCUUGACUUUCCACCCGGAGGCUCGAGCUCCAACAUCGACGUGCUAACGUCCCGUGAUCCCAAGCUGAGAUUCACGCAUCCACACAUUGCACGCUUAAACCCAGGAGACGUGCUCUUCAUACCACCCAUGUGGAGCCACACCGCGACUCCCGAGCAAGGCGUCAGCGUCGCUGUCAAUGUAUUCUGGCGCGGUCUCGAUAAGGGCUAUGCGGCUGGCAAAGACGUCUACGGAAACCGUGACCUACAGGCUUAUGAGAAUGGUAGGCGCGAUGUGGAAAAGAUACUAAAGGCGUUUAGAGAGGUGCCGCCUGAUAUUGCAAGGUUCUAUCUGGAUAGGUUGGCUGGAGAGAUUCAGGACAAGGCGGAUAGGCUGGGGGAGAAGAAGGUAGAGGAUGUGAAGUCGGCGCUGUAA